AUGCUCAUCAAGUCCUAUUCUUUGCUGCUCAUCUCAGCGGCUACCUUCGGGGCAGCCUGGCCAGCUCCUCUGAUGCCGACCCCGAACCAGAAACGCGACUCCUACACCUUGAACAUUCUUCACGUCAACGAUGUGCAUUCUCAUCUCGUCCCAUUUGACCCAGGUACUGGACUUGAAUGUCCGCUCGAAGAGACACCAUCGUUAUCAUCUCAAUCUGCUGGGUUGGGAAUACGAAGUCCGUCCGAAGGGGACCUCGAAGGGGAUCCCGAAGGGGAGAGUUGCGUCGGGGGUUGGGGGCGAAUCGCCGGGGAAGUGGGAAGACGGCGAGACUCAGACCCCGAUCGCACCAUAUUCCUAAAUUCGGGCGAUGAUGCACAAGGCACAUGGUUUUGGAAAGAAUACGGAUUCAAAAUUAUUCCCGAAUACCUCAAUCUGGUGAAGCCUGUGGCGUGGACUCCAGGCAACCACGACUUCGAUGGUGGCGAGGACAAUCUGACCAAAGGCAUCGGCCAAUUCGAGUUUCCCGCCUUGGCUGCGAACAUCGAGCCCGCGACUGACCUCAAGAAACGGCUGAAGCCUUAUGUUGUGCUCGAGGAACAUAAGCUUGUCAUUAUCGGCCUUUCGACAGUCGAUACAAAGGGAAGGAGCAAGGCACACCCAAACACUAAAUUCAACGACCCGAUUCGCACGGCCCAGAAGCUUGUAAAAAAGAUCCGCGAGAAAUACCCGAAGGAGUAUCGGAUAAUAGCACUGUCGCACAUUGGUUACGAACUCGACCAGCGACUGGCUAAAGAAACCACGGACAUAUCGGUGAUUGUGGGGGGACAUUCUCAUACCGGCUUAGGCGGGAUGAUAGGGCAUACUGGAAGAUCCGAAGGUCCUUACCCGACGAUGGUGAAGAAAAAAAAUGGCGACGAUGUUUGCGUCUUACAAGCGGCUAUGUUUGGACGCUAUCUCGGGGCUUUCACCGCAACGUGGAAAGACGACAACAAGCUGGAAGGAUGCACUUCUAAAUGGGUGGAGCUCGACAACAAGAUCAAGCCAGACCCUAAGAUGAAUGACUUGAUUAAACCAUUGUUCGACCCGCUUGCGAAAAUAGCUUUCAAGGUUGUUGGCCAUGCUGCAAACGAUAUUACCAUGGGCGAUCCGUACAAUGGAAAGUCGCUCAUGGGUAACUUCCUCGCCGAUGUCAUGCUCGAAGCAUCGCAGAACUCCGCGCAGAAGGACGGAAUGAAAGCAGAUUUUGCAUUUAGCACAAGCGGCAGCAUAAGGUUUGGCAUCCCGAAGGGGAAAAUCACUGCUGGACGAGUGAACCUCAUUGAGCCUUUCGGCAACUUGGUGGUCAACUGGAAGAUGAAAGGGAAGGAUAUCUGGAAAAUGCUUGAGGGCGUGUAUUCUCUGCAGAACCAGUAUGUCGACGGCAUCGAGGGCAAGAUGCACAGGUCCUUUUUGCAUUACAGCAAAGGCGUCCAAGUCAAGUACGAUCGUUCAUCAGAUUCCAAGGAUGGAUUACGCUUGAAGGAACUCAAUAUCAACGGCAUAAAUGUGAGAGAGGACGAGAACAUGGACAAGGAGUUCACGUUCGCGACGAGUUCCUGGGUCAUGCAUGGAAAAGAGUCCAUCUUGUUGGGGUUGAAGGAAAAAGAGUGGAACAAGGAACCUAAUGUGGUCGGGCGAAUGGACACCGCUAUCCUCAAGUACCUGAAGGAGCAUGAUCCGGUCGAAGUGGAUGAUGAAGACAGGAUUGAGGGCAAAAACCGCGAGUCGGUGUCAUGA